ACUAAUUAAGGUGAAAGAGGUGCGAGGAAAUAUGGGAUGGCUGCGACUUGUCAAAGCCUUUGAUUGUUUCUCUCUCUCAUUCCCUUCCAAUUCUUGCCUCUGUGUGAGCUCUGUUGAACCAGAGGAUGAACAUGAGAGAGCAACUUUGAUUCAGAAAAGAGUGGAUGGUUUGUUGAAGCUGGAAAAUCAUGUUCAGAAGAACAAAACUUUGGCUUUUCAUCUUGAGCCCAAGACUGUAGCCUUAAGAGUUUCCAUGCACUGUAAUGGCUGUGCAAGGAAAGUUGAGAAGCAUAUAAAAAAGAUUGAAGGCGUGUACUCUAUAGUGAUGAACUUGGAGAGCAAGAAGGUAGUGGUGACUGGGGACAUUACUCCAUUUCAGCUUCUGGAGAGUGUCUCCAAGGUUAAGUUUGCUGAGCUUUGGGUGGAGCCUUAAUUACUGCAUAUAUUUUCUUCUUCAAUCUUCUUUCCCCUUUUGUUUUCUAUGGGGAUAUUACAAUGGAUGUAUAUUUAUUUCAGUUUCCAAUGCAUUGGUUAGAGCUUGAAAAAGGAUGUAUCCAAUAUAAAGGAAUUUUUGGACUAUAGUUAAUUUGU